UCUGAGGACCACUGCGGUGGCAGCGGAACCUGGUUGAGUGAGGAGCCCACUGCGGCUGAGGCGGCUGGACACUGACCAGGUGCAAAGAGGAAGUCGCCGGUGCAGACCCAUUCACUAUGAAGCCCCCCGCAGCCUGCGCAGGGGAUGUCCUGGAUGCAGCGUCUCCGUGCUCCGUCGUGAACUACCAGUGGGACCUGAGUGCCCUGCAGAUUGAGGCGCUCACCAAGGAGCUCAUCGAGCAGACCAAGCGUGUAUACGACCAGGUGGGCUCACAGGAGUUUGAGGAGGUGUCCUAUGAGAGCACGCUCAAGGCGCUGGCUGAUGUGGAGGUGUCCUACACAGUGCAAAGGAACAUCCUGGAUUUCCCGCAGCAUGUGUCCCCAUCCAAGGACAUCCGAGCAGCCAGCACAGAGGCCGACAAGAAGCUGUCGGAGUUUGACGUGGAGAUGAGCAUGAGGCAGGACGUGUACCAAAGGAUCGUCUGGCUGCAGGAGAAAGUGCAGAAGGACUCACUGAGGCCAGAAGCAGCAAGGUACCUGGAGCGGCUGAUCAAGCUGGGCCGGAGGAACGGGCUCCACCUCCCCAAGGAAACUCAGGAAAAAAUCAAGAGCAUCAAAAAAAAGCUGAGUCUCCUGUGCAUCGACUUCAACAAGAACCUGAAUGAGGACACAACAUUCCUGCCAUUCACGCGCGAGGAGCUGGGAGGGCUCCCUGAGGACUUUCUGAACUCGCUGGAGAAGACAGAGGAUGGCAAGUUGAAAGUCACCCUCAAGUACCCCCACUAUUUCCCUCUCCUGAAGAAGUGCCAUGUGCCUGAGACCAGGAGGAAAGUAGAGGAGGCCUUCAACUGCCGCUGCAAGGAGGAAAACUGUGCCAUCCUGAAGGAGCUGGUAGCGCUGCGGGCACAGAAGUCCAGCCUGCUGGGGUUCAGCACACACGCUGACUAUGUCCUGGAAAUGAACAUGGCUAAGACCAGCCAGACCGUGGCCUCCUUCCUAGAUGAGCUGGCCCAGAAGCUGAAGCCCCUCGGGGAGCAGGAGCGGGCUGUGAUCCUGGAGCUGAAGAAGGCUGAGUGCGAGAAGCGGGGUCUGCCGUUCGAUGGCUGCAUCCACGCCUGGGACAUGCGUUACUACAUGAACCAGGUGGAGGAGACACGCUACCGCGUGGACCAGAACCUGCUCAAGGAAUACUUCCCUAUGCAGGUGGUCACCAGGGGACUCCUGGCCAUCUACCAGGAGCUCCUCGGGCUCACCUUCGCCUUGGAGGAGGGCGCUGCUGUGUGGCACGAGGACGUGCGGCUGUACUCAGUGCGUGACGCCUCCUCAGGGGAGGAGAUCGGCAAGUUCUACCUGGACCUCUACCCCAGGGAAGGGAAGUAUGGACACGCAGCCUGCUUCGGCCUGCAGCCGGGCUGCCUGCGGCAAGAUGGCAGCCGCCAGAUAGCCAUCGCGGCCAUGGUGGCGAACUUCACGAAGCCCACACCAGGCACCCCGUCCCUGCUGCAGCACGACGAGGUGGAGACCUACUUCCACGAGUUCGGUCACGUCAUGCACCAGCUCUGCUCCCAGGCGGAGUUUGCCAUGUUCAGCGGGACCCAUGUGGAGCGUGACUUUGUGGAGGCGCCGUCACAGAUGCUAGAGAACUGGGUGUGGGAGAAGGAGCCGCUGCUGCGUAUCCAGCACUACCGCACCGGCAGUGCCGUCCCCCAGGAACUCCUGGACAAGCUCAUCCAGUCACGGCAAGCCAACACAGGUCUCUUCAACCUGCGCCAGAUCGUCCUCGCUAAGGUGGACCAGGCCCUGCACACACAGAUAGGAGCAGACCCCGCUGAGGAGUACGCCCGGCUCUGCCAGGAGAUCCUCGGGGUCCCAGCCACACCAGGGACCAACAUGCCGGCAACCUUUGGCCACCGCGGAGGCUACGAUGCCCAGUACUAUGGCUACCUGUGGAGUGAGGUGUACUCCAUGGACAUGUUCCACACACGCUUCAAGCAGGAGGGGGUCCUGAACCGCAAGGUCGGCAUGGAUUACAGGACCAGCAUCCUCAGGCCUGGUGGCUCCGAGGAUGCCAGUGCCAUGCUGAAGCUGUUCCUGGGCCGAGACCCUAAGCAGGAUGCCUUCCUCCUGAGCAAAGGGCUGCAGGUGGAGGGCAGCGAGCCAGCCUCCUGCUGAUGGCACAUACAGAGCCUCACACCUAGCCCAUGUCCCUGCCGCCCUGUGCCUUAGUCCUAGCCCCGGAUGGUGGCUGCCCAUGGCGCUCCUGGGGCCUGGCAGGCAGGGUGAGCACGGGGCAGCUUCUCAUCAUUGUCACAUCCAGACUCUGGAUCCCCUGUAGUCAGGGACCAGCCCGGGCUAGAAAGCCUGUCCUCCAGGUGUCUGGAGAGCCCUCGUGCCCAGGUGGGCAUUGUCUUUGUUGCACUAACACUUCCCUCCCCGGGUGGCGUCCUGGUCCUGCAAGAUGGCUCUUCUGUGAGUGGCAGCCAUUAAACACUUGAAGCAGAAGGGGCUCCCUGGCCUGAUCUUUUUGCCUCGCCCUCUUGCUUGUGGGAUGGUGGGACCCACCUGGGUUCCAUUAGAGGCUGUGGGAGCACCCUUGGCUCUGUCCUG